AUGGAUUUCCUUCACAGGAGUGGAGUACUCAUUAUUCAGCAUCUACAGAAAGACUACAGGGCUUACUACGAUUUUCUAAAUUUUAUGUCCGAUGUUGGAGACCCCCGGAAUAUCUUUUCUGUUUACUUCCCACUUUGGUUUCAACUGAACCAGACUGUUGGAACCAAGAUGAUAUGGGUGGCUGUCAUAGGGGACUGGUUCAAUCUUAUAUUCAAGUGGAUAUUAUUUGGGCAUCGCCCUUACUGGUGGAUCCAAGAAACUCAGAUUUACCCAAAUCACUCAACCCCAUGUAUUGAACAGUUUCCUACUACAUGUGAAACAGGCCCAGGAAGUCCCUCUGGUCACGCAAUGGGCUCAUCGUGUGUCUGGUGUGUCAUGGUAACAGCUGCCCUCAGCUUCACUGUCGGCCGGCUGGAGAAGUCCUCUGUCACUCUGCACAGACUGGCCUGGUCCUUCCUUUGGAGUGUUUUCUGGUUGAUUCAAAUCAGUGUCUGCAUCUCCAGAGUAUUCAUAGCAACACAUUUCCCUCAUCAGGUCAUUCUUGGAGUCAUUGGUGGGAUGCUAGUAGCAGAGGCCUUUGAACACACUCCAGGGAUCCACAUGGCCAGCUUGAAUAUGUACCUGAAGACCAACAUCUUCCUCUUCCUAUUUGCACUUGGCUUUUACCUGCUUCUCAGACUGCUCGACAUUGACCUGCUGUGGUCUGUGCCUAUAGCCAAAAAGUGGUGUGCCAACCCUGACUGGAUCCACAUGGACAGCACACCUUUUGCUGGACUUGUGAGAAACCUCGGGGUCCUCUCUGGCUUGGGUUUUGCCAUCAACUCAAAAAUGUUCCUUAUGAGCUGCCGGGGAGAAAAUGGCUGCAGGCUGAGCUUCCGGUUGCUCUGUGCCGUGACCUCACUGACCACAUUACAACUUUAUCACCUCAUCAAGAUCCCAACUCACACAGAACCUUUAUUUUACCUCCUGUCUUUCUGUAAAAGUGCAUCCAUCCCACUGACUGUGGUGGCUCUAGUUCCUUACUGUAUCCAUAUGUUAAUGAGAGCCAGGGAGAAGAAGAUUAAAUAG